ACAUCCUUUAUGACUAAUACCGACAACGAUUGAAAAUGAAAUAACGGAUAAAGUUAAUUCACUUCUUUGACAAGUUACCGUUCAAUUUCCAAGAAAAAUGCGUCUUGGUAAUCCUACGUGAUAGAUUACAAAAUACACAGAACCAUUAACUUACAAUAACGAUUAAAUUCAACCCCAGUGGUCUGCAAUAGGUGUCGCUGACAAUGCCGUGUGUUACCUCCCGUGUAACUCUUUACUUUCAGAAGAUAGAAAAGGUAUAUAUGGCGAGCAGAAUAAGAUGGGAAUUUAUAGUGUCUUCAUAAUAAACAAAGCGGGGGGCUUAAUCUUUCAGUACGACCACUACUCACAGAGGCCAGAAAUAGAGAAAACAUUCAGCUUUCCUAUAGAGCUUGUUCUGAAGCAACACGAUGAAAAACUGGUCGUGGCGUUUGGUGAAAGAGAUGGCAUCAAAGUUGGACACACACUGCUGGCUAUAAACGGGGUACCCGUAGAGGGAAGAUUUCUCCAGAGUGAUGGAAAGGAUGCCAUGGAAAUUAUCAGCUCUCCCCAGAAUUACCCGAUCAACCUCAAGUUUGGCAGGACCAAGCUGACCACAAAUGAGAGAAUUAUGCUGGCCAGCAUGUUUCAUUCAUUAUUUGCCAUUGGAUCUCAGUUGUCUCCAGAGCCACACUCCUCGGGUAUUGAAGUCCUUGAAACAGACGGUUUCAAGUUACACUGCUAUCAAACUAUGACAGGAAUAAAGUUUAUUGCCUUGACAGACCCUCGUCAGGGAGGAGUGGACGCAUUGCUACGGAAACUGUAUGAAGUAUUCUCUGACUUUGCCCUCAAAAAUCCAUUUUAUUCUGUGGACAUGCCAGUGCGGUGUGAUUUAUUUGAUACAAACUUACAACAAGUUAUAGACGGGUGCGAGAAGCAAGGCACAGCUAAUAUAUAGUCAGUAAUGAGUAGUAAGGAACGGCUAAUAUACAGAGUCGGUCGUCUCUGUGGGACGUAAACCUCUCAUGGUGAGGUUACUUCACAUUCCUACAGUGAAUAGGAACAUUUGAUAUACUGUUUGUGAUACAGAAGAACUCGUGAUGUGCAAUAGAUUUUUGUGUUUGUUUAAACAAUGAAUGGAAUGUCAUUGUAAUAAAUCAUUUUAAUUUA